AUGCACAUUCAAUCUUCUGUAAAGAGCCACUACUAUGGUGACACUGACUAUGAAAGUGAACAUGAAGACUUAGCUAAGAAAACAAAAGUUCCCUUGACAAGAUCUUCAAAACCUCAACAGUCAACUGGACCUCGCCUGUUAUCCCCACAUUCUGCACCUCAGGUACCAUCACCACCUUUACCUUGUCGCUCACCACCACAUUCUUCGCUUCAGGUGCCACCUCCUUACCAGUCACUAUUGCUCUCUGAAAAUACAUCUCAACAAAAUUCCAGGAACCUUCCAAAAAUGCAAAAUACUUCUGAACUCUUCAGGCCUACUUACAGAGUGGGUCGAUGUGGAACAGAACCAAUACCUUGCACUGUAUCCUUUUUAUAUUUUGUUGGUAUUUAUUUUUCGGCUGCAGAUCUUCAUAUCCUCACAUUGCUUGAACAUGUGAAGCACCAGCUGUCACAAUUGGCUGUCAUGAUCAGUUCACUAUCUGGGCGGCUAAACAUUGAAUGCUCACCUGAUAUGCCUGAGGAGGUCCAGUUUCCUUUACAAUCAUUGGAGGAAGUGGAUGAUUUUGAAGCCUGGUUGAAACAACCAACCAAUGCUUUGAAGAAAAAGAACAUGAUUUCUGUACUGGCAUCUAUUGGAGGACAAGAUACCAAGUGUGUCACUUGGAAUAUUCUUUCACAUAUUUUUGGAGAUGAUGUUGCAAAAAAGAUAAACUGGAAGGGAGUGAAUGAAAAAUGGGCCUUCAGUCAAAUGGCAACCAAAACUCUAAUUAUGCGUGCAGUUCGCCAGAGUCAUGUGGCAGCCAAAGCUACAGAUGUGGACAUUAAUAAAUUUGUCAUUAGGUGGUUCAAUUUGGCAUCUGACCGUGGUGGUGGUCGCAAGGAGCGCUGCAGGAGAGUGCAGGCAGCAGUGCCUUCUGAAUCAGGACUGAUGUAAACAC